CCACUUCACACUUUCACAGCACAAAUUUUUCUUCAAAAGCUGCUCGCUCGACUCUAUCUUCCUUCAAGAUCGUUUUCCUCAAUUUCUCAGUCAAUUUUCUGUGGGAAGCUAUUUUUGAGUAAAAAGUUUGCAUCUUUGGAGGUUUAGGAAAUUGGAGAUUGUGCAUGGAUCUAAGUGUUGAUUGGGAGAAGUGCUGAGCUUUGAAUUUGGGUUAUUCAUGUGAGUGGAAGUGGUGAUCUUGUUGUUGUGGUUGUUGGUUUUCGAUUGAAAUGGAGCAAGGCUUUGGUUCAGACUCUGUUCCGCCAGCAGGACCCAUUGACAAGUCUAAGGUUUUGGAUGUGAAGCCUUUGAGAUGUCUUGUCCCUGUAUUUCCAUCCCCAAAUGGAAUGGCAUCUGGUACAACUCCUCAACCAUCACCUUUUGUGUGUGUUCCUCCAAGUGGUCCUUUCCCGCCUGGGGUUUCUCCGUUUUAUCCAUUUUUGUCCCCCAAUGAGUCUGGUAGAUCAGCUGAAAAUCAGGAUGGUUUAGGUUUUGGGACGCCUAUAUCUCCCGUUCCUUUAAAUUCAUUCAGAACUCCAACUGCAAAUGGAGACACGGGGUCAAGGAGGCCUGGUAGACCUCGUGGUUCGAAUGGCUUAGCUGCAGAGGAUGAUGAUUCACAGAAUCAUAGUGAUCAAUUCGGUAGUGGCUAUAGUGUGCAUGGUAAUGAUGUUGAAGACACAAGUACAGGGAAAAAAAGAGGAAGACCGAGAAAGACUAGGUUAAGUCAGUCAGGCUCAGGCUCAGGCUCAGGUAAUCCAGCUACUCCCCCAAUCGAAGUGGAUAUCGAUCCACUAUUAAACCAGCUGCUUGCAUCCUUCAAACUUGUUGAGAUCGAUCAGGUCAAGAAAGCUGAUGGUGACAAGGAGCUAGCUGGGAGAAUACUACUGGUUUAUGAUUUGUUUCGCAGAAGGAUGACCCAGAUUGAAGAGAGAAGGGGUGAGACUCCAGGUUCUGCAAGAAGGCCAGAUCUGAAGGGUGCUAAUUUGCUGAUGACAAGGGGAGCUCGAACAAAUCAAACCAAGAGGAUUGGAAAUGUACCUGGGGUUGAAGUUGGUGACAUCUUCUUCUUCAGGAUGGAAUUGUGCCUGGUUGGUUUGCACGCACCCAGUAUGGCAGGGAUAGAUUAUAUGAGUGUCAGACUUACAGGGGAUGAGGAACCUAUUGCUGUUAGCAUAGUGUCCUCUGGAGGGUAUGAUGAUGAAGGGGAUGAUGGGGAUGUGCUAAUUUAUACUGGCCAGGGUGGAGUUCAGAGGAGGGAUGGCCAAAUGUUCGAUCAGAAACUUGAGAGGGGAAAUCUUGCUCUGGAAAAGAGCAUGCAUCGUGGCAAUGAGGUGAGAGUAAUUAGGGGUGUUUUAGAUGUUCAAAAUGGGGGGAGGGGGAAGAUCUACAUAUAUGAUGGACUUUAUAGGGUCCAGGAGUCAUGGGCAGAGAAAAGCAAAUUGGGCAAUUGCAGUAUUUUCAGGUACAAAUUGAUUAGGGUACCUGGGCAGCCUGAAGCAUUUACAUUGUGGAAAUCAGUACAGCAGUGGAGAGAAGGAACGGCGACACGGGUUGGAGUUAUCCUACCCGACCUAACAUCUGGUGCAGAGAGCCAACCUGUAUGUCUUGUAAAUGAUGUUGAUGAUGAGAAGGGACCUGCUUAUUUCACAUAUAUCCCAAGUCUGAAGUACUCAAAACCUUUCAUGAAGUCUAAUCCAUCUGUGGGAUGUCAAUGUCUUGGCGGAUGCCAACCUGGUGGAACCAGUUGUCCUUGCAUUCAGAAGAAUGGAGGCUAUUUGCCCUUUAAUCCACUUGGAGUUCUCAUGAGUUACAAAACCUUGGUAUAUGAGUGUGGUUCUGCCUGUUCAUGCCCUCCAAAUUGCCGAAAUCGUAUCUCUCAAGCAGGUCCUAAAGCCCGUGUGGAGGUCUUCAAAACAAAAAAUAGAGGUUGGGGACUUAGAUCUUGGGAUCCCAUACGCGGAGGUGGCUUUGUUUGUGAAUAUGCCGGAGAAGUCAUUGAGGAAUCUAGGGUAGGUGAGUUUGGCAAUGACGGUGAUGAUGAUUAUAUAUUUGAUGCUACCCGCAUGUAUGAACCAUUGGAAGCUGUGCGUGAUUAUAAUGACGAAUCCAAAAAGGUUCCAUAUCCCCUUGUAAUAAGUGCAAAAAAAGGUGGCAAUGUGGCUCGUUUUAUGAACCAUAGUUGUUCACCUAACGUUUUCUGGCAGCUUGUUGUACGUGAAAUCAACAAUGAGACAUUCUACCAUGUUGCCUUUUUUGCCAUUAGACAUAUUCCUCCCAUGCAAGAAUUGACUUUUGACUAUGGUAUGGUUCCACCAGACAAAGCAGAUCGAAGGAGGAAGAAAUGCUUAUGUGGGUCAUUGAACUGUAGAGGGUAUUUUUACUAGUUGUCAUGGUUACAGAAAUGGAGUUCACUAGUCAACACCAUAUCGAGCAGAUCAGUAGUUGAAGAUAGGAGCAGCAAGGUUUUGGACAUCUGGUACACCCUCUGAAUGGAUAACUUAUGGAAUCUAGUAUUAUCAAUUAUGUCAUCACCCGGAGCCCAACACCGGGAUGUUGUAGCUUAUCGUUUGCAACGACUCUAGACAAUUUGUUGCUUUUUAUGUAUUAUUAAGUACUUAGGAUUGUCAUUGACAGGGUAAAAUUCAGUGAAGACAGGUUUCUUCUUGCUCUUCAUAAUUUUCACCGGCUUCGGCUAGUUGAUGAUAUUGUACGAUAUCCUAUUAAUGUGUUAGACCUGUAGUAGUGUUCUUAUUAUGUAU